CCCCGCCUAAUCCGUUAUACGCUCCUUCAUCGGACUCCCACACCUCUUCUCCAUAUAUUGAUGAUGUAUCCCUCCAUUUAAGGAAGAGGAGGAGCGUCGGCGAAUCGCCAUGGCGUCGUCCACCAUUUCCUCCUCUUUGCUCUCGCCCCCUCUCCUCCCUCCCUUCCCAAUUCCGCCAUCCUCUCGCCCUCGCCUCCGCCGACUCCCUACAAAAACCCUAACUCCGAUCAUCUCCUCCUCCCACGGCGGCGGCGGCGGAGGAGGAGGAGGAGGAGGUGGAGGUGGAGGUGGAGGUUCGUGGGUGAGCCCCGAUUGGCUCACCUCGCUGUCCCGCGCCCUCUCCCUGUCGAGCGACGACUCCGGCAUUCCGAUCGCCAACGCCAAGCUCGACGACGUCUCCGACCUCCUCGGCGGCGCCCUCUUCCUCCCCCUGUUCAAGUGGAUGCGCGACUACGGCCCCGUAUACCGCCUCUCGGCGGGGCCCCGCAACUUCGUCGUCGUCAGCGACCCAGCCGUUGCCAAGCACGUGCUCAGGAACUACGGCAAGUACGCCAAGGGGCUCGUCUCCGAGGUCUCCGAGUUCUUGUUCGGCUCCGGAUUCGCCAUCGCCGAAGGCCCGCUUUGGACGGUGAGACGCAGAGCAGUUGCCCCAUCUCUUCAUAAGAAAUAUCUGUCUGUGAUGGUUGAUAGGGUUUUCUGCAAAUGUGCCCAAAGAUUAGUGGAAAAACUUGAGAAGUCUGCUGUGAAUGGCGAUGCAGUAAAUAUGGAAGAGAAAUUUUCUCAGUUAACUUUAGAUGUGAUUGGUUUGUCUUUAUUCAACUACAAUUUUGACUCCCUUACAUCGGAUAGUCCAGUUAUUGAUGCAGUUUACACUGCACUGAAAGAGGCCGAAGCUCGUUCUACAGAUAUUUUACCAUAUUGGAAGAUUGACUUUCUUUGCAAGAUUGUACCUAGGCAAAUAAAAGCACAGAGAGCAGUAAGCAUAAUCAGGAAGGCUGUUGAAGAGCUUAUUGUAAAGUGCAAAGAGAUUGUAGAGUCAGAAAAUGAACAGAUUGAGGGAGAAGAAUAUGUAAAUGAGACCGAUCCUAGCAUUCUUCGUUUUCUGCUAGCUAGCCGUGAAGAGGUUACUAGUGUGCAAUUGCGAGAUGAUCUUUUGUCCAUGUUGGUUGCUGGUCAUGAAACAACUGGCUCUGUAUUAACAUGGACACUCUAUCUUUUAAGUAAGAAUCCAGCAGCUUUAACAAGAGUCCAAGAGGAGGUUGACAAUGUGCUCCAAGAUAGACUUCCUAGAUAUGAAGAUGUCAAAGAGCUGAAGUACUUAAUGCGCUGCAUAAAUGAAUCAAUGCGCCUUUACCCACAUCCUCCAGUGUUAAUAAGGCGAGCUCAGGUUGCUGAUGUGCUUCCUGGAGACUAUAAGGUCAAUGCUGGUCAAGAUAUAAUGAUCUCUGUGUACAAUAUACACCGCUCACCUCAGGUCUGGGAUAGAGCAGAAGAAUUUGUUCCUGAAAGGUUUGACUUAGAAGGACCAGUUCCAAACGAGACCAACACAGAUUUCAGAUUUAUUCCUUUCAGUGGAGGACCUCGUAAAUGUGUGGGGGACCAGUUUGCUUUGCUAGAAGCAAUUGUAGCACUGGCAGUUUUCCUGCAGAAUAUGGAUUUUGAACUGGUCGCUGAUCAAAAGAUCAACAUGACAACUGGGGCUACAAUUCAUACCACUGAUGGCUUGUUUAUGAGAUUAAGUCCACGGAAAGUUCGGCAUGGGCAUGCUUUAGCAUUCAGUGAGCGGAAUAAUAGAAUAUCUGCCAAUUUUUAAGCAAUUGAAUCGAGAAUUGAUUUAAUUAUGCCAUCAUGCCAUCAAGCCAUCAAGCCAUCAAGGGGAGCUCAGAUAAUUAAAUUCCCAUUACUGCAAGAGUUCAGGGGUAAGAAAAGUCGCGCCAUCACGGGCAAUAAGAUAUGCUCGGAGAAACAUAUUCUUUUUUUUCCUUGUGAGGAGCAUCUUUCUUAUCUCAAUUUGCUGAUACGGCACUGAUCAACUUCUAUAUUCCAUAUUUGAUGAUUGAUGAAUUAUUUCCUCUUCUUCAGUGAAUCAAGUUAAUUGGAUUAAAGCACAGUAAGAUACAAAAUAAAAAAGGGCAUAGAAGUAUGCUAAGUGGUUGGUGUGAAGUUCUAAGAAUAGUUACUGAGGAAACUGAUGGUUCAAGUAUCAUUAUAAGAAAUUUUCAGCUAGUCUCCUUAGCUGUAUUGGGUGAUAUAAAUGGAUUGAAACUUUAGAAUUUAUAUACAAAUUAUACUAUUCCAGCUACUUA